AUGGUCCUGUUGAAAAACACUGCAGACUCUACAGAAAACCAGGCCGCAGUGAGCGACUCGGACUCAGUGCGAGCCUUGAUCCGGGUUGAGUAUCGCUUGCGGAAGGAGAUCGUGUCCCUUUUCUACUUGGAGGGGCCACCGAGCGGGCUGGUCGAAAGGAUUCUGAGCUUGAGGUCGCUUUAUGCUUCUGAGGCCUACAUCGGCUCUCACGAGAUGGCAACGCUGCGAUAUCUGACGUUGCUGUUGAUGUCGUGGGCACCUUCGGAGCUUGGCGGCCACGUUGCCACUUUGAGUCUUGAGCAGCAGUCUCAUUCCGUUGUGGCGUGGGCACUGCAGGCCUGCGAAGUUGCCAGUCGGCAAGACUGGCCCAAGUUCCUAAGCCUGUACACACAAGCUGAUUUCCUGUCGGCGGUUGCCAUGGAACGCGCCGCGACGUAUGCCCGGCACGGAAUUAUGCGGCAGGUUGUCGAGAGCUGUCGCCUGCGACACGUCCGUCGCAUGUCUUUGGCAAAGCUGAAGUCAAUGGUUGCAGUUCGUGACACAGCUUUCUUCAAGCAUUAUGGCCUGCGGGUAGUCGCCGACGAGGACGCGGUGGAGCUGACUGGGGAGAACCUGCCGGCAGCAUUAUACCAGGGGAAAGAGAUGUUGGUCGCGAAAUUCAAGCUGCUGGGGCUGUCCGACGAGGCGCUGUGUUUUGGUUUGGCCGAUCCGACGUGCAGGAGCGGACCUUGUGUCCACCGGCCUCCGGUAGAAGACUCAGACGAGGACGAGUACGUGCAGGUGGCUGAGGGGAUCCCACACCUCAGUCACAAGCAGCGCAUAUCGCUGCACAACGAGAUAGAUCUACUUCACAUGCACGGCCACCGGCAAGCAAGCCCAACACGCAGCUGGUCACGUUUGGCUCCGGCUUGA